UUACAUUGGCCGCCGAUUUAUGAUUUGGUUGAUCGUGUCGCCUCUCCGGCCGAGGAUCAGCCCCCUCUCGGUCUGAUACAGGAAUGAAACCGCCACACACACAUGUGUGCACGUAUAACUCAGGUAUCAGAAUGUAUUUGCUCACCGGCGAGUUCAUCUUGAAUUUCUCGCGGACGAGCUUGCCGGGCCUUGGCGGGUUUGCCGGCAGAUGGCCGAUGACUUCAUCGAUGCUCUGGCCCGCCGCCAGGGACUUGAGGGUGCGAUCAAACUCGUGCAUCAUCCGGGCGCGCAUCUGAAGAGGAGCAUCAGAGGCAGAGACAUGUGCGUGUGCAUUCAUCUGUGGCUCCAUGCAAUCGUCUGUAUACCUGCGGCUUCACCGUGUACAUGCGGUCGGUCUCUAUCGGGUCCUCGACCCACAUGUCCUGAAGAGGCAGGGGAACUUCUCGCUCGCAUCAAAGCAGGCCGUUUGUCCAUUCAUUUUGUUGCUGUGUACCUCGGGGUGGUCAGUGUAGUCCGUCUCCCUAUCGUCGGCCCUCUGUGAUGUCUGCACACGCACAUGCCAAAUGCCGUGAUGUGGUCUCCCCUCUCUCCUUCUCAUGUCACCUACACUGGCGCUGUCUGUGUUGAUGUAUUUCCUCUGUCGUCGGUGUCGCUGCAGGUAUUCUUCCUUGGUGACGACGUCGGGGGCCAGGCGGAUGGCGACGACGUAUUUGCGGAAAUCGAACUGCUCCUUGUAGAAACUAAACAAGACAGAAUCAAAGGAGAGAAGGUACAGAAGCAGGGUUUUGGGCCGUGUCUCCAUCCCUCCCUCCAUCUCCCUGUGUGUGCACAUGUGAAGCUUAUUUACCUAAAAAACUCAUACAUGAGCUGGGGCAGCUCGAGAUUCGCGCCGUUGGCGGCGUAGGGGUUCAGCCGUCGCCUGACACACACACAUACAUGAGCUCGAUAAGUGUCUAAGCGGAAAUCCUGUCUACGGCUCAAUUCACCUGAAUUUCCUUCUUCCCUCCAGCUCCCGUCUUGCCUCCUUGGUCUGCUGGCUGACCUCGUUGUCGCUGUCGCUGUCGUCCAU